AUUGAUUGAGGUGAGAUGUCUCAUGUUGGUAUGUCAGAAAUGAGUUGGUCCAAAAUUACACCGCAAGGCCGCGCUCAAGCAACGUAUCAGAAGAGGAGAUUCUCUCCUUGCGUCUCGCAAAGUUCAUCCAAUAGAAAGGCAAUUGAGCAAUACCGAUAAACAGAACCUACCGCGUUCUUUAACGCCGUGCAAACGCCGAAAAUAGAACGACUUCAGCGGGGUACUUGCCCCACCCAACCGCAGGUCAACACUAUCAACACCAUCUCGACUCGUUCUCAGCCUCAACAUCCAACUCCAGCCAUUACCAUCCAGGAGGCCCAUUGAAUAACUCCAAAAAAGCACUCUCAACAGCUCGAUUCUCAAAUUCUCCUCCAUAAUGGCAACCCAAAACCAAGACCGCCUGCGCAGCCACUUCGCCGCCCUCGACCCAACCUCCUCCUCGCAAAGCACCGGCUGGGACUCCCUGUGGGAAACCUCCUCCUUCCUGCCCUGGGACAGGGGCCACGCGAACCCCGCGCUCAUCGACCUGCUCUCAUCCUCGCUGCUGCCGCCCGCGCCCACGCCGCCGCCCGCCGCCUCGCAGCAGAACCCCACGCCGGGCGCGCCAGCCCUAGAUGCCAGGGUCGAGGGCGUGCAGUUGCCAAGACCCGUAGAAGGGGGCAAGCGGAAGAGGGCCCUCGUGCCUGGGUGCGGGACUGGGUAUGAUGUCGCGCUGUUCGCGGCGUAUGGGUAUGAGGCCACCGGGUUGGAGGUCAGUGCGCAUGCGGGGCAGGCGGCGGGGAAGUAUCUCGCGGGUGCUGGGCAGGAGAAGGGGAAUUUUGAGAGCGAGUAUGAAGGUAAGGACGCGGGGCAGGGGAGGGGCGGGGCGCGCUGCGUGGUGGGUGAUUUCUUUGAGGAUGCGUGGGUCUCAGAGGCCGGUGUUGAGGUCGGUGAGGGAGGGGGUUUUGAUGUCAUCUACGACAACACGUUCCUCUGCGCGCUCCCUCCCUCCCUGCGCCCCGCGUGGGCGUCUCGCAUCGCCGCCCUCCUCGCAAAAGACGGCGUCCUGAUCUGCCUCGAGUUCCCCACGCACAAGCCAGCUUCGUCAGGCGGCCCGCCGUGGUCGCUGCCUCCCACAGUGCACUCCGAGCUGCUCAAGCAGCCGGGCGCCGAGAUCGCGUAUGACGAGGGGGGUGUGGUUGUUGCGUCGGAGCGCGGCGAGGGGCCGGGUGCGCUGAGGCGGGUUGCGCAUUACGUGCCGGCGCGGACGCACGAUGUUGGGGUCGUGAAGGGCGUGGUGAGGGAUAGCGUGAGUGUGUGGCGGCACGUCUGA